AUGGACUUGGCUUCGACCACAGGAGGACCACACGGAAGUCAUGAAUAUGUGGAUCGAAAAUACAGAGAAUCAUCCAAUGGCAAUAUCUCUGGAAGGGCCUUUGUCAUGCAGAGACUCAUUGGUCGCCACGAACAAGACGUCAAAGAGAUUACGAUUAGUGAAGCAUGUGGUAUUGAUGCGAUGCAGAAGAUGACUGUUAAUAAUUGCUUGAAACUUACAGCACAAUUGGGGAUUCUAGAUGGGUCCCUACUUUACGCUAUUGAAAACCUUAAACCAGUUGGAAUAUCCAUGAACGUUGGGAGUAGUUCUAAUGACUGGGAUAAUCUCAUAGUUUUGUAG